GCGGUUUGUAAUGUUUAUCUUUGAUGACAUGUGCAUGAUUACGUAUUGGGCGGUAAAUUAUUCAGUUUUUGCUAGCAAGUGCACCAUAAGUAAAGAUCAGAUUGAAGACAUCAGUUGACUAUGAUGAUCAAGAAGAUUUGCUGUCUCGGUGCAGGAUACGUUGGAGGUCCAACUUGCACUGUAAUAGCCCUAAAAUGCCCAGACAUUCAGGUGGUUGUAGUUGAUAAAAGUGAAACUCGCAUUCAGCAGUGGAACUCUGCUAUUCUGCCAAUUUAUGAGCCUGGUUUAGAUGAAGCUGUGAAGAAGAGUCGUGGAAGAAACCUGUUCUUCUCAACAGAUGUUGAUAGUGCUAUUAAAGAAGCCGACUUGAUUUUCAUUUCUGUCAACACACCCACUAAAACUUAUGGGUUUGGAAAGGGACGUGCUGCUGACCUUCGCUACGUUGAAGCAGCAGCUCGUAGGAUUGCCGAGGUAGCAGUUGGAAAAAAAAUUGUUGUAGAGAAAAGCACAGUACCCGUGAAGGCAGCAGAAAGUAUCAACAAAAUUCUCAGAGCUAACAUGCGGCCAAAUGUCAGCUUUCAAGUGCUAUCCAACCCCGAGUUUCUGGCUGAAGGAUCAGCUGUCAAUGAUCUCUUAAAUCCUGAUAGAAUCUUGAUUGGAGGAGAUCAAACAUCAGAAGGCAAGGAAGCCAUUGAGAAAUUGUGUUGGGUUUAUAAACACUGGAUUCCAGAAAAGAAGAUAAUCACAAUGAACACCUGGUCAUCAGAAUUGUCUAAGCUGGCAGCAAAUGCUUUUUUGGCUCAAAGGAUAUCCAGCAUCAAUGCCAUCUCUGCAGUAUGCGAGGCAACCGGUGCAUGUGUUUCAGAAGUGGCACAUGCUGUGGGAACAGACUCGAGAAUUGGUCCAAAAUUUCUUCAAGCUAGUGUUGGAUUUGGAGGGAGUUGUUUUCAGAAAGAUGUCCUCAAUCUUGUGUAUUUGUGUGAGUGUUUGAAUCUUCCUGAGGUGGCCAAUUACUGGUACCAGGUCAUUGAAAUGAACCAGUUUCAAAGGACUCGAUUUGUUCGAAGAAUUACUGAAAAACUCUUCAAUACAGUUACAGAUAAAAAAAUAGCAAUCUUUGGAUUUGCAUUCAAGAAGGAUACUGGUGACACAAGAGAGUCUGCUGCAAUUUACGUAUGUAAACAUCUUUUAGAAGAAGGAGCCCACUUAUCCAUUUAUGAUCCCAAAGUAAAUGCACAGCAAAUAAUUCAUGAUCUUACACGCCCAGAUAUUACUGAGGAACCUGAAAAAGUGUUGCAACUGUUGUCAUUUCAUCAGACUCCAUAUUCUGCAUCAGAGGGAGCCCAUGCUGUUGUUAUCUGCACAGAAUGGGAUGAAUUUUUGCAUUUAGAUUAUAAGAAGAUUUAUAACUCCAUGUUGAAGCCUGCUUUUUUAUUUGAUGGGAGAAAGAUGUUAAAUGUAGAAGAACUGCUUGCUAUUGGGUUUCAAGUUGAAACAAUUGGACGAAAAACUACGCGUAACAAUGUCAACAGAGGUGUUGCUGAUUGCAUUUUAUAGUGAGUAGUUUUGUUUAGGAGUUCUGUUGAAGUGAGGCCUGUGUGUUAAACACAACCGGAUGUGGAUCACAGAAAAAACGUUGCUGCUGCACACUAUUGUUUGAGAGGAACAAAGUGAAUCAUGUUAAACACAGAUCAAAUCUAUUCCCGACUGGAUCACAGAAAGAACAUUGUUUUAGCUGAGCAUAGUGUGAACUUUACAAAGUUAAUAUUAACUUUUUAACAUUUCUGUUAUUCAUGAAUGCAUUUGUUUUAUUGUAGUUAUUUUGUUUUGUUAAUUGAAUUCACCUUCACAAUUUAUAUAUUUUUAUGAAUGUAGCCAAAAUUAUUUUAUUAAAAGAAUCACUUUUUUGCUUA